AUUGAGGGCAGGAUGUCUAUAUCUUCUGCAACUUCUUUGAUCGAGGCCCAACAAGUAGAUUCUCUGCCCUCCGUAGGAGGUUACCAGAGUUACUCGCUUAUGGAAAAGUCUCUGGAAGAUGUCUCAGCAGAAAUAGUAAAAGACACUCUUGUGAAAGUAAUGAGUGGGGUUCAUAUAAACAACGAAAAUGUCAGGGCAAAUUCUCAAUGUCUUGUAGACAGUCCAUCGCGACUUAUUCUAGUUCAAUCAAUUAAGGAAAGAAUUGAAAACGAAGAAUCUGAACAAAUGAUCGAUACCCCUUCAAAAAUGAACUUAGAUCAAAUAAACGAGUGUUACUCUAAAGAAAAUGAAACAAAUGGUGAUGACAAUGAUUCGGGUGCUCCUGAUCUUGUUGAUGAACAUGACAACAAAGCCGAACCAGUACCCGAAACUGAUUUGGAUCUGGAGUCUUCACCACAACUACCUGACAAUUCAGUGUUAGUUAAAGAAAUUCAGGGGGAGCUACCUGAAAACUCAAUAUCAGUUGAAGAAUUUCAGGGGGAGAAGGCGCUGAAUGAAGUAGCCGAGGAAAAAAAUCCGGAUCAGGAAGAGGACAACAAAAUUAUUAACGAGAAAAUUAAGGAGGAUAAAAACAAGAUACAAGUUGUACGAUUUCAGGGGGAGAAGGCGCUAAAUGAAGUAGCAGAGGAAAAAAAUCCUGAUCCGGAAGAGGACAACAAAAUUAUAGACGAGAAAAUUGAGGAGAAAAACAAGAUACAGGAGGAAUCAACAUCAAAGAUAAUGUCGACAAAAGAGCUCUACUCGAAUAGCUCUAGUCUAAGUCACUUGUGCCUAAAAUCAUCAGAAACUAUAAUGAAAUCAGAAACUAUACUGAAAGCAGAAAAUAGUCAGGAAAAGCAGCCGUCUAUCCACGGCCGCGAAUCUGUAAAGUCUCUGGACUUAUCGAAACACGAUCUUCGAACUUCUGUUAGUUUGAUAGACUCAAUGUCUGACGGACUGGAACACGAUGUUGACCAAACUCUCGACUCAAAUUUUAAGAAAUUGGAGGAAAAAUUCAACUCUGAACACGAAAUUGAGACCGACUUUACAGCCGUACAGGGCAUGGGACAACAUAUGCUGGCCGAAGACAGGAAAACAUCCAAAGAGUCAACACCAAAUACCAAAUCUUCUGACAAAAAUCGUACAUUAGAGGAUUUGACUCCUGCUAUGACAAUACAUAAGAAAAUGAGUAAAAUGGAAGCCACCAUAGAAAAUUUAAAGGUUGAGGUGGAGAGUUACAGAACAGAGUUGGAGAAAAUUCGACCAGAUUCUAAUGAUGUGGUUAUGAGGUGCAACGGUUUAGAUAUUGACCCUGCAAUAGCGACAGUGCCACAUCUGCUGGAUCUACUUAGGUCGGCAAGUGACCAGAACUCUAUUCUCCAAGAUGAAGUUGAGGACUAUACCACCAAGCUGUUCAAUACGACGAGUCUAUUAGACGAACAGAAACAUCUGUACCAAGAGUUGAAGAAGAAACUGAAAUCAAUUGAUUUGGAGGAUGACAGGAGGAGGGAGAAGAGUGUUGAGGAGAUGGAUAAGUACUACAAGAACAAACUUAACGAUAUUGAGUCAGAGCUGAAAGUGAGGGGAAUUCACGUAGAAGCAGAUUUCUGGACACCACAUUUGACAAACAUGAGGAAGUUCUUAUCUCAAGUUCAUAUGCACAAAGACGAGAUAGCCGAGGAGGAGCUCAGAAGAGAACUCUCCAACGCUGGAACAGACAAGAACAGUACGAACAGUGACGAUGAACCCAUCGUGUUCCCUGUAGGGGGCUACAGGGAAAGCCUCGCUGACAUAUCCUCGAACAAACACAAAUAUUUGGAGGACGAUGACGCGGAGGGGAGGGAGGUUAGGGUGACGGGGCCGAUGAAGACGGGGAAGAAGGCUUCGAGUCAGAGCAAAACUUGUUCUGUUCAGUGAUGGGGUUAAGGUUUUUCUUGUGGCGGGAAAAGAUGUAAUAAAAAGUGAAUAUAAACUUUUUAAAUUACGAAUUAUUAAUUUAUGAAUUGUUAAUUUACGGGUUUUUUGUUUGUCUUUCAAGCUGAAGGAUACAUUGAAAUACCUAUAAUACUAGUAUAGUGUAAUUUAAUUUAUAAAAUUAAAUGUUUAUUCAUUAUUAUAUUUAAUCAGAUUUACUUGUUGUCAUCAGAUUACAUAGUUUUGGCUUUUGUACGCAUGUUGAUUUUCGAUAAAAAGGAAGCAAUGGUAAA